CCUGCGAUGGCGUAUUCUAUACGCGUGCGCGAGAUAAGCGCUGCUCCGCACGCCCGUGUACUAUAUAUCUGGCUGGCAUCACGGAGGUUGAGCGCUUCUGGCGGUCACAGAUCCCCCUCGCCUCUUGCCUUAGCGCAUCAUCGUCGCGAUGAGCAGUUCAAGCCCGUACGACGACACGAAAAGCCUGUCGACUAGCGAGAAGAAGGACGACCACCAUGUGGAGGUCUCCGUCGCGCAGGUCGACACUGCGGCUGCGCUCGUCGCGGGGUCAGAGCACCCACUCGAUCCAGCUGAGGCGGCAAGGAUUCGCAAGAAAAUUGACGUGCAUAUCCUUCCCCUCAUGAUGGUUCUGUACUGGGUCCAAUUCAUGGACAAGACGACGCUUGGUAGCUCCGCUAUACUCGGUAUCCGCGAGGAUGCCCACCUUUCCACCAGCCAAUAUAAUUGGCUGGGGACGAUAUUCUACCUGAGCUACCUAGUCUUUGAGUUCCCGCAGAACUUGUGCCUGCAGCGCUUCCCUGUCGGAAAGUGGAUGAGCAUCAACAUCUUCGUGUGGGCCAUCGCCAUCUGCUGCCAUGCGGCUUGCAAGAACUUCGCCGGCCUCUUCGUCGUCCGCAUCCUGCUCGGAAUGUGUGAAGGUUCAAUUACCGCGGGGUUUAUGAUUGUCACGUCCAUGUUCUACACUCGCGAGGAGCAGACAUUGCGCGUCGGGUACUGGUUCCUGAUGAACGGUACCGCGCAGAUUAUCAGCGGCUUCAUCGCGUUCGGCAGUCUUCAUAUCCAAACGCACGGCUUCGCACCGUGGCAAUGGCUCAUGAUCAUCACGGGUAUCAUCACCCUGAUUACAGCAGUGUCCUUCUGGUUCUUGUUCCCAGACUCGCCGACUACGGCAUGGUUCUUGACCCAGCAGGAACGCGCGAACGCAGUCCUCCGUAUCAAGGACAACCAAACCGGUGUCGAGAACAAACACUUCAAGAAGGAGCAGUUGAUUGAGGCCCUUACCGACCCGAAGACGUGGCUCUUCGCGCUGCUCGCCGCGAUGAACAACAUUCCCAACUCGCUCACGAAUCAGCGGUCGAUCAUCGUGGCCUCGUUUGGGUUCACGACCUUGCAGACUACACUUCUAGGCUGUGUCGAUGGCCUCGUCGAAAUAGUCACGAUCUGGACGGGUGUGACCAUCGCAGCCAAGAUUCCGAAUAGUAGAGCCUACGUCGGGAGCAUAUACCUGAUCCCGAAUAUCCUCGGUGUCUUCCUCAUCAACUUUCUUCCCUGGAGCAAUAAGGUCGGCCUCUUGUUCUCCGUCUGGAUCACUGGUGUCGGCACUACUGGGUUCGUCCUUGCCCUUGGCUGGAUUGGCGCGGUGACGGCCGGUCACACCAAGAAGGUGACAACGAAUGCUAUGGUGCUGUCCGCGUACUGCAUCGGCAAUGCCGCGGGACCUUUCAUGUGGGAGGAGAGGUACAAGCCUCGCAACCACAUCCCAUGGAUCAUCAUUGGCAUCUGCUACGCCUGCUGCAUCGUGAUCAUGCUCUCCAUCCGCCUACUGUUGUCGCGCGAGAACAAGCGUCGCGACCUUGAGCCGCGGGACACAACUUACGACGAUGUCUACAUCGAGCGCGUCAUUGACGGGAAGGUCAUGCAGGUCAAGGUUGAGAAGGAAUUCCUCGACCUCACAGACAAGCAGAACAGGGAGUAUAGAUAUGUUUUGUAAACCGCAUUCGGCAAUUGUAAAGGUAGAUGGGAGAUGAUAACGAUCAUGCAUCUCGAUCA